AUGGAGUUAUUCAAUGAUUUAAAAUUCAUUGAAAUACAACAUACCAAUAGUGAGAAGAUUAUCAUUGGUUAUAGAACAAAUAUUAUCAGAAAUAAUAAUAAUAAUAAUUAUAUUGAAGAAAAUGAUACAAUAAGUAGUAUUACAAAUAACAAUGAUAAUAAUAGUAUUAAUGAUGAUGAUGAUAAUAAUAUACCUAUUGUAAUGUUACAUGGAAUGAUGAGUGCAAGUUUAACAUGGUUACAAACUAUUGAAUCAAUAUUAAAUACAAUCGAAAAGAAUAACAAGAAGAAUAAGAGUACAGAUAUAAAGAGGAAACUGUUUUUAGUGCCAGAUUUACGUGGACAUUGUAAGAGUAGUAGAUCUACAGAUUACAAUCUACUUUCAAUGGCAAAUGAUAUAGUACUUCUUUUGGAUGCUCUUAACAUCGGUGUCAUAGACUUGGUCGGUCAUUCACUAGGUGGUCACCUCUCAUUGAUAAUAGCAUCGAAAUAUCCAAACAGAGUUAGACGUUUAAUAGUUGAAGAUGCACCAGGUCAUUAUUUUAAUAAUAUCAAUAAUAGCAAUAAUAAUAGUAGUAGUAAUAAUAAUAAUAAUGAAAAUGAUAAUAAUUUAACAAAACCAUUAAAAUUAAUAUCAAUGUCAAUGUUAAAAUCAAUUGUUCUGGCAUUGUGGAGAGGAUUCGAUUAUAAGAUGACAUCGGUUAUCUUUCAACAGUUGAGAUCUACCUCUGAAGAUUGGUGGAAGACUAUCAGUGAUAUCAGUGCAUCGACAUUGAUCAUCGGUGCAUCAGAUUCACACAUACCAAAAGUACAACUAGAUAGGAUGGCACAGCUAAUACCAAGCGCAAAACUGGACAUUGUCAUCGGUGGACAUCACAUACACAGAGAUCAACCUGAUGUUUUCAACUCAUUAGCUAUACCUUUUCUACUUUUUAAUAAUAACAACAACAACAAUAAUAAUAAUAAUAAUAAUAAUGAUAAACAAGACAAUCAACAAAACAUUGAACAACAACAUAUUCCAAAUAUUGGAUUUACUCAAAAUACUGAUAUUCCAAUACCAAUACAAAUACAAACAGCAUUGUCGCCAGUAUCGCAAGAAUUAGAACAAAUAACAACAAUAGCAACAGGUCCUCCAACACCAAUGCAUAUACCAAUAAAUGUAACAACAGCUCAAUAA